GCACUGAAUUUUCCAUAGACAACCAUUGCACCUCAGUUGCAACUGGUUGUCUAUGAUUUUUGAAUAGACCGUUGCAAGUGGGAUUUAUGUUCUGUUGAACUGGUGGCCAUUUAAGGUUUAGCUGCGCUCAUAUGUUUGCAUAUAAAGUUUUGACUGUGGAAGUAAAAAUACAGGUCGUGCAAAAACAUUUUGUUGGGCACUGGAGAAAAAUACAGAGCAGCAUGUCGGGAAGAGGAAGAGGAGGAGGAAGAUGGGGACCUAAUUCUCAGCAGCGAGGCAGAGGAAGAGGAAGAGAGGGGCACCAGCGAGGCAGAGGAGGGGCAGUAGGGGGGCAACAGGGAAGCAGAGGCGGAGGAAGGGGUGGGCAGCAGCGAUGGUGGGAUCCUGUCUGGCGAGCGGAGCGACUUAAUCAGAUGAAAGAGGAGGUGGAAAAACUAAAUGAGAAUGAGUGGUGGCAAAAAAUAGAGGAGUUCAAAUUUCAAGAUGAGCAGGAAAUUGUAAUCAAGCGUAAUUAUGGAAGAGAAGGUGCUAGUAUUCUUAGUGACAUGGCCCAGAAAGUGGGACUUUUCUUUCAUGCAUACAAUAAAGGGAGAAACCAAGUUCUUGUUGUAAGCAAGAUUCCGUUGCCAAAUUAUCGGGCAGAUCUUGAUGAGAUGCAUGGAUCUGCACAGCGUGAGAUCCGGAUGUCAACAGUUACAGAGGGUAGAGUGGAAAAUUUUCUGGAAGAUGCCAAGGGUACCAGUAAUUCUGAGAGAAUAGAUGAGGCAUCAAGUCAAAAUAAAUUGAAGCCGGAAUAUACUUCAAGCGCUCAGGAAUCCAAUUCAGCUAUGAAGUGUGACGCUGAAAUGAAGAAAAUAAGCCUUGAUUUACGCAAUUGGCAACAUGCCCAUGCCCUUAAGGAUAGCUCAUCUGUUAAGGCUAUGCAGUCAUUCAGAGAAAAACUGCCUGCCUAUGAGAAGAAAGAUGAUUUUCUACAAGCUGUGGCAAAUAAUCAGGUACUUGUGGUUUCAGGUGAGACUGGUUGCGGUAAGACCACACAGCUACCUCAGUUUAUACUUGAAGAUCAGAUAGAAUCGCUUAAUGGUGCUCUGUGUAACAUAAUUUGCACUCAACCCCGUCGAAUAUCUGCAAUGUCUGUGGCUGCUCGUGUGGCUUCUGAAAGAGGUGAAAAUUUGGGAGAGAUAGUUGGAUAUCAAAUUCGGCUAGAGACUAGGCGAUCCAUGCAAACGCGGCUGCUAUUUUGCACCACUGGAGUAUUACUUAGGCGUUUGAUUGAUGAACCAGAUUUAAAAGGUGUUAGUCAUGUAAUAGUGGAUGAAAUCCAUGAGCGAGGAAUGAACGAAGACUUCUUAAUAAUAAUCUUGCGAGACCUUCUUCCUCGUCGUCCUGAUCUACGGGUUAUUUUAAUGAGUGCAACUAUUAAUGCAGAACUAUUCUCAAAGUAUUUUGGAAAUGCGCCAAUGAUGCAUAUACCAGGUUUCACUUUUCCUGUCAAAGAGCUGUUUUUAGAAGAUAUAUUAGAAAGAACAAGCUAUGCAAUUGAAUCAGAAUCAAAAAGCUCCCAAUCCAGUUUCGGGAGGAGAAGAAAACAACCAGAUCAGAAGAGAGAUCCUUUGACUAUGUUGUUUGAGGAACUUGAUAUUGAUUAUGAGUUCAGACAAUAUAAUGCACGCACAAAGGAAUCUCUUUAUGCUUGGGAUGGAAGCAAACUUGAUCUGGGCCUGGUUGAAGCUUCUAUAGAAUACAUCUGUCGCCACGAAGGAGAGGGGGCCAUUCUUGUAUUUCUCACAGGGUGGGAUGAAAUUAGUAAAUUGCUGGAGAAGCUUAAGGGAAACAUACUUCUGGGAGAUCCCGAAAAAUAUUUGUUGUUGCCAUUACAUGGUUCCAUGUCUACAGAAUAUCAGCGAGAGAUAUUUCAAAAACCACCUAAUGGCAUGAGGAAGAUCAUAAUUGCUACUAAUAUUGCAGAGACAAGUAUCACCAUUGAUGAUGUGGUUUUCGUGGUUAAUUGUGGAAAAGCAAAAGAAACAAGUUAUGAUGCUCUGAACAAACUUGCUUGUCUAACUCCAACGUGGAUCUCAAAGGCAUCAGCCCAUCAGAGGAGAGGACGUGCUGGUCGUGUUCAACCUGGAUGGUGUUAUCAUCUUUAUCCAAAGAUUAUUUAUGAUGCCAUGCCUCAAUAUCAAUCUCCUGAAAUUCUACGGACACCUUUAGAAGAACUUUGCUUACAAAUCAAAACUUUGCAUUUUGGAAAUAUUUCUGCAUUUCUUUCCAAAGCACUCGAGCCUCCUGAAAUUCUUGCGGUACAAAAUGCAAUAAAUCUUCUGAAGACCAUUGGAGCUCUAGAUGAGAGGGAAGAACUGACUGCAUUAGGGUGCCAUCUGUCAAAAUUACCUUUGGAUCCAAAGGUUGGAAAAAUGCUUCUCAUGGGGGCUGUUUUUCAGUGUCUAGAACCAGCAUUGACAAUAGCUGCUGCCUUAGCUUAUCGGGAUCCAUUUGUCCUUCCAAUUGAUAAAAAAGAGGAAGCAGAUAAAGUAAAGAGAUACUUCGCAGGAGAUUCGUAUAGCGAUCACAUUUGUUUGUUGAGGGCUUUUGAGGCUUGGAAACGGGCAAAGAAGCGUGAUGGUCAAGGACGGACAUUUUGUUGGCAGAACUUCUUGUCUUUGCAUACAUUACAAAUGAUGGAAGAUAUGCGAGACCAAUUUCGUGAUUUACUCACUGAGAUAGGAUUCAUUGAUAAGUCCUUUGGUUCUCAGGCAUACAACCAGUACAGUGCAGAUAGAAACAUGGUUUCUGCUGUUCUAUGUGCUGGCCUUUUUCCCAAUGUAGUCCAGUGCAAGCGAAGGGGCAAAAUAGCAUUACUUUUCACUAAAGAGGAUGGAAGAGUUGAACCCCAUCCAGCAUCAGUUAAUUCUGUUGUAUGUCCAUUCCCUCAGCCAUAUCUAGUGUACAAAGAGAAGGUAAAAACCACUAAUAUCUUUAUCAGAGACUCAACAAAUAUAUCAGAUUAUGCUCUACUAAUGUUUGGGGGCAGUCUUGCUCUAAGCCAAAGUGGGCAAGGGAUUGAGAUGCUUGAAGGUUACUUGCAUUUUUCUGCGUCAAAAAGAACAAUGCAGUUAAUUCAGAAUUUAAGAGCAGAGCUUGACAAGCUCUUACAGAAAAAGAUUGACAAUCCAGGUUUAGACAUUACUGUGGUUGGGAAAGGAGUUGUAGCUGCUGUUAUAGAACUAUUGAAUAGUGAAAAUCAACAGCAAUAUGCAGAUGAGUAUCGGAUGCCAAGCAAAUUGAGAGUUAACGGCUCUCCAUCUUAGAAUUUUUUUUUUUUUUUCCAAAAUUGUACCAUUCAUAUAUGUAUGCUAAUAGAUAUUAACUGUUUAGUACCACAGAGAUAAUGUAUUACUUGGACAAUUCCUUUUUUAGGCUUGCAACUUAGCUUAGACAUUAGUGUGGUAGGGAAAGGAGUUGUAUUCUGCUGUUGUAGAAUUAUUGCACAGGGAAAAUGGAUUGCGAUCUGCAGUAACUAUAAGAUGCAAAUAAAUGCAGAGCUAAAUGCUUCAGAGUUUCAGAAUAGAAGUAUUUUUUCAACGUUUUACUAUUUCUUUCUGGAAGGUAAUAGAGAUCAAUUUUUUGAUGCCAA